GCGUCCGCAGCGCAGCAGUAUUCAAUACUUUGAACAGUGACAGCGUGCGAAGCUGAUUGUCAAAAGCAAGCAAGAAAAUACGUUUAUUCAUAGCAGUUACGUACGAAUAAUUGUGAACAUUAGUGUGUGAAUAACGUUGGCAUAGUGUUUCUCGGUUUCAAUAUUAUAAUUUAUAUUCUAUUAAAUAAGGACUUACUUUUUUUAAGUAAGAAAAAUGCCGGAGAACGUAGCAAUGGUUGAAAGCGAAGAAGUCGAAACUUUCGCCUUUCAAGCCGAAAUUGCACAGUUAAUGAGCUUGAUCAUUAACACUUUCUACUGUAAUAAAGAAAUUUUCAUUCGGGAAUUGAUCUCAAACGCGUCUGAUGCUUUGGAUAAAAUCCGUUAUGAGUCCCUCACUGACCCAUCAAAAUUGGAUACAUGCAAAGAGUUAUUCAUUAAAAUUGUUCCUAACAAGAAUGAUCGCACUUUGACCCUUCUUGAUUCUGGCAUUGGUAUGACCAAGGCUGACCUCGUGAACAAUCUGGGUACGAUUGCCAAAUCGGGAACAAAAGCAUUCAUGGAAGCUCUCCAAGCUGGUGCAGACAUUUCUAUGAUUGGCCAAUUUGGUGUGGGUUUCUACUCUGCCUAUUUGGUAGCAGAUAAAGUUACUGUCAUUUCUAAGCAUAACGAGGAUGAACAAUACUUGUGGGAAUCUUCUGCUGGUGGUUCAUUCACAGUUCGUCUAGACAAUGGUGAACCAAUUGGAAGAGGAACAAAAAUCAUCCUACAUAUCAAGGAAGAUCAGACAGGAUACUUAGAAGAAUCAAAAAUUAAGGAGGUUGUAAAGAAGCAUUCUCAAUUCAUCGGUUAUCCAAUUAAACUAGUUGUUGAAAAAGAGAGAGACAAAGAAUUGAGCGAUGAUGAAGAAGAACCUGUAAAGGAAGAAGAGAAAGAAGAGAAAGAUGAGAAAGAUGAGAGCAAACUCCAGAUAGAAGAGGUUACAGAAGAGGAAGAUGAAGAUAAGCCAAAAGAUGAAAAGAAGAAAAAGAAGACAAUUAAGGAAAAGUAUACUGAAGAUGAAGAGCUCAACAAAACAAAACCUAUUUGGACACGGAACCCAGAUGACAUUACACAAGAAGAAUAUGGUGAUUUCUACAAGAGCUUGACUAAUGAUUGGGAUGAUCAUUUGGCUGUCAAGCACUUCUCUGUAGAAGGCCAAUUGGAAUUCCGUGCAUUACUAUUUAUUCCUCGUCGUGCACCAUUUGAUCUGUUUGAGAACAAAAAGAAGAAGAACAAUAUCAAGUUGUAUGUACGUAAGGUCUUUAUCAUGGACAAUUGUGAAGAUCUUAUCCCAGAAUAUCUGAAUUUCAUCAAAGGUGUUGUCGAUAGUGAAGAUCUCCCAUUGAACAUUUCUCGUGAAAUGUUACAGCAGAAUAAAAUUCUUAAAGUUAUCAGAAAGAAUCUCGUUAAGAAAUGCUUAGAACUCUUUGAAGAAUUGGCAGAGGACAAAGAAGACUAUAAAAAAUGUUAUGAACAAUUUAGCAAGAAUUUAAAAUUAGGUAUUCACGAAGACAGUCAAAAUAGGAAAAAGCUCUCAGAGUUGCUGAGGUACCAUACAUCUGCCUCUGGAGAUGAGAUGUGUUCAUUAAAGGAUUACGUUGGUAGAAUGAAAGAAAAUCAGAAACAUGUCUAUUACAUUACUGGUGAAAGCAGGGAACAAGUAGCCAACAGUUCAUUUGUAGAAAGCGUUAAGAAACGUGGUUACGAAGUAGUAUACAUGAUAGAGCCUAUUGAUGAGUAUGUUGUACAACAACUGAAAGAAUUUGAUGGUAAACAGUUAGUUUCUGUUACGAAGGAAGGUUUGGAGCUUCCGGAAGAUGAAGAAGAGAAGAAGAAGCGCGAAGAAGACAAAGCCAAAUUCGAAAAUCUUUGCAAAGUCAUGAAGGACAUUUUGGACAAGAAGGUUGAGAAGGUUGUUGUUUCCAACAGGUUAGUCGAUUCUCCAUGUUGUAUUGUCACAUCACAGUAUGGAUGGACUGCAAACAUGGAGAGGAUUAUGAAAGCACAGGCUCUUAGAGAUACCUCAACUAUGGGAUACAUGACUGCUAAGAAACAUUUGGAAAUCAAUCCAGAUCACCCAAUCAUGGAAAACUUGAGGCAGAAGAUCGAAGCAGACAAACAUGACAAGUCUGUUAAAGAUAUUGUUAUGCUCCUGUUUGAAACUGCGCUUUUGUCAUCUGGUUUUGCGCUAGAAAACCCACAAGUACAUGCAUCCAGAAUAUACAGGAUGAUUAAACUUGGUCUUGGCUUUGAUGAUGAUGAUACACCAGUUGUAGAAGAAGAGAAAAUGGACACAGAAGUUCCACCGGUAGAAGGUGAUACAGAAGAAGCUUCUAGGAUGGAAGAAGUAGAUUAAAAUUAUUAUUUAAAACUAUUUGACUAAAUCCAAAGACUUAUAAGAUGUAGAAAGACUGUUACAAAUAAUUUCAAUUUAAGUAUUGAUCAUGUUCUUUUUUAUUUUGUUUUUUCUUUGUUGAUGUGACAGAAUGAAGUGUCAUGCUUAUUUUAAUGCGUAGCAAAAUCUAUAUUUAUUUAAUAAAUAUGUCUUUAGGUAGGACCCUGUCACUUGAUUCUGUCUUAAAAUGUGUUUGUAUCAUUUUCAUGUCAUUACAUUAUCGCUGCGAAUUUCUUUUGUACUGAUUAUAAUAUUUAAAAUUCGUUUCAUAUUAUCAUCAUUCCAUUUGUCAAACCAUCAUGUAGUGUAAUAACUAAACUGAUUGUAAACAAGAAAUAAAAACACUACUUACUGGUUUAAA